ACUUUGGUCGUGGAACAUUUUUGCCUUAGGGUCAAGGAAUCCGAUUUGAAGAUCGAGAUUAGAGCAAAGAUGGAUAUUUUUUGCAGCGCAGGCCUGUGUGGAGGAAUGCGCGCUGCACUCUGCCCUCCCUCUCCGUGACGCCCAGAGGGGAACCAGAGAAACAAGCCUUCAGUGAGACAGAGAGGGAAGGGGAGACGUUGAAACGGAUAAAGGGGGGGAGAGAGGGAAAUAUUGUAGUGAGAAGAGGCGUGACAAUAAUCAGGACUUUUGGAUGAGGGCGCGCGUCUCGGCGAACACAUGGGAACGCACCGGAUCAAUUACGCAGCGUCACGGAGCCGCUGUGAGAGAAGAGGGGCGCCCUGAGGUGCUGCUGCUGGUGCUUAUUCUCCCCCGUCUUGGUCUGACUGACCCGGGACACCGAACCCUGUGCGGGACAAAGUCAAAAUUCAGGCGGAUAUACGGCUCGUGGAGACGGUGUCUUCGGCAGAAUGCAGGGCCUGAGCUCCCGGGCUCACGCGUUUUCGGUGGAGGCGCUGGUCGGGAAACCCUGCAAGAGGAUGAAAGUUUCGGAGGGACUCGAGCCAAGUUCUGCUGGAGACACGAGCGGAGACAGGAGCAUCUUCACCGGGCAGCACGAAUAUCCCAACAGUCAGCUGAAGAGCGCAGGUUCAACAGCGGGGAGGCCGGAGGACUCCUCCUGUGACCCGCAGAAGCAGACGGUCAGCUCAAGGACCGAACCCUCGGACAAGGCCUGCGAAGAGAACAAGCCGAAGGAGAGCGACUGCCGGCCGGACAGAGAGGUCCGAGUAGAGCUGCAGGGCUCCGAGCUGUGGAAGAGAUUCUACGAGAUCGGCACCGAGAUGAUCAUCACUAAAGCUGGCAGGAGAAUGUUUCCCUCUGUGCGCGUAAAAGUGCGCAACCUGGACCCUUGCCAGCAGUACUACAUCGCAAUGGACGUCAUGCCGGUGGACUCCAAACGCUACAGGUACGUGUACCACAGCUCGCAGUGGAUGGUGGCUGGAAACACGGACCACUCGUGCAUUUCCCCGCGCCUCUACGUGCAUCCGGACUCGCCGUGCGCAGGAGAGACGUGGAUGCGGCAAGUCAUCAGCUUUGACCGGGUCAAACUCACCAACAACGAGAUGGACGACAAGGGACAUAUUAUUCUUCAGUCGAUGCACAAAUACAAGCCACGUGUCCACAUCAUCCGGCACAACCCUCGGAUGGAUUUGUCUCAGAUCCAGUCGCUGCCUGCUGAGGGAGUUCACAGCUUCUCCUUCCCAGAAACCGAGUUCACCACCGUCACAGCUUAUCAGAAUCAACAGAUCACAAAACUGAAGAUCGACAGGAACCCUUUCGCCAAAGGCUUCAGAGAUCCAGGAAGGAAUAGGGGGGUUUUGGAUGGCCUGUUGGAGUCAUAUCCCUGGAGAGGCCCUCUCAGUUUGGACUUCAAGCCUUUCACCAUACAGCUCCAAGGGAGCUCAGCGUCGCCCAGCAGCGGAGUGAAAAGCCUCCUUCCUUUUUCUUCAUCCUCGCCCCUUCACCCGUUCUCAGCGCUCACCUGCCAGGACGCCGCUCUCCUCACCCUCCCCCUCUACAGCAAGACGUCCCCCGCCUCACCCGCCAUCUCCCCGCUGCCCAGCCGAGCCUUCUCCUCCCUGGGAGCCGACAGACUGAGAGGCCUCCCCCCGCUGCCUCCGCUAGCAGACCUCCCGCUCCUCUCAGCGCUGCAGGGGAAGAAGCCUCCCCACUGCAGGGACCCAUGUCCUCACGGGUCUCCGGAGGCCCCCUGCCCCAUCCCUCUCCACGGCCCCCUCAGCCCUCAGGGGCCCUCUCUCCUCCCUCGUCUCUCCGACACUGCGGGCCCCUACUGCCUCUACCACUACAGCUUCCCCCUCAACCCCCAACUCACAGCUAUUUCCCGGCACGCCAAACUCGCCGAAGACACCACAGACUGUCUGCUGCGCCAGUCUCCGUGGCACCCGACCACCAACCACUGCCUCUGACAGCUGGACCGCACUUGCAGGCUCCGGCCCAUUGAGAGCAACAAGCCAAAGCUUAUUGCAACAAAACAGAGGGGGACGAUUCUCCAUUCGAGCGAGACUCAAAAGAGAAGUGCGGCUGCAGGGACGUUUUUGUAUUUAAAAAAAACAAUUUUAUACGCUGUGUUGGAUUUACCAGCACAUAAAAGUGAACCAGCAGCUCUGCACACGCAUCCAGAGGCCAACAGUGGAGUAAACAGAAAUAUUUCUGUUCAGGCAGGAAGCAGAUUUUUAUCUGGGACAGAAAGCCCAUUUAUUUUGCUACACAGAAUCUGUCUCUUUCAGUCUCCCUGUUUAACCUCUUCAGUGGUGUUACCAAAGAGCAUCAGCAGUACGACCUGAGGUAUGUAACAUGACAAGGACUGAUAAAACUGACCAUUAUUAAAGUAUUUUUCAUGUCUUUAAAGAUCAAUCAAGAUAAAAAUGUGAUUUUCUUCCAGACAAACUUUCAAUAUGGCUUAAGAAAGUGAAAGAUGGAAAUACAUUCUCCAUGUUUCCCAGUUCUGUUGUUGCAAAAUGAAACACAUGUUGUACCAGAGGAAGUGACUUUGAACAAGAAAUGAUUAUAGGAUGGAUAUUAUGUUGUAAUUAGCAGCUAGCAUUCAUUGAAACUGAACAAAGGCGUAUUUUGUGUUCCUGAGUUGAAUCUCAGUAUCAGGCUUGGCCACCCCCCGACUAAAAACAUGAGCUCA